UUGACAGUGGCAUCUGUCCGUUCGGGACAUAUCCAGCAUGGGUGGUCGGCUCGCGCGGAUGUUCCGUAACUUUAACGUGGAGAACCGCGCGCUGCGAGAGAUCUCCAAGGAUAAACCGAGAGCUGCGCCCCGGUACCCCGACAGGGCGCCGCCGCCCUCCGUCAGCGCUGAGGCGGCAGAGUUGGUGAAGAAGAAGGACGAGUCGUUGUUGGGUCACCUGAGGUCUGUGUAUGUGGAGUCCACGGAUCCAGCUGCUGCAGCUGCAGAGGUCAGUGUGUCAGACAGUGUGGCAGCAGCUGAAGGAGCAGAGCGGAGGCCCCUCAGGGUCAGCUUCCCAGGACACAUGUUUGGUCUAGCAGAGCUUUCAGACGUUCCCAAAGGGAAACUGACCAUCGCAGAGGCUCUCAAGGCCCUCGGCAGCCACCAGCACCAGCCUCAGACGUGGACGGCUGAGAAGAUCGCUCAGGAAUAUUCCCUGGACUUAAAAGAGACAAAAUCAUUGAUGGAGUUCUUCAUCCCCUUCAAAGUGGAGAUCAUCCCUCCUAAGACCAGAACUGCCAAGCAGAUAAAGGCUUCCUAGGACCCACACAACCCAGAAGCUUUACCUGACUUAUUUAUCUGCUAUAGUAGGCGCCCCUAAAGUUAGUCUUGGAGGGCUGCUGUCCUGCAGGGUUUACAGGUUUCCCUGCUUUAGCACAGCUGAAUCUGAUGAUUGCUUUCAAUGAAAAUCAGCUGUGCUGGAGCAGGAAACCUCUGAAACCUGCAGGACAGCAGCCCUCCAGGACCAACUUUAGGGGCGCCUACUAUAGAACAUAAAUAAGUCAGGUAAAGCUUCUGGGUUGUGUGGGUCCUAGGAAGCCUUUAUCU